AUGACACCUAUGGUCCGGUUGCGUGCUUUGCUGUUCACCCAGUCCACCAUUGCAGAAUUCUUGACAUCCUACUUCGAACAACGAGCCGGUUCAAGCAGGGAAUUGUUCAUCGGAACAGGGAAGCACCCUCUAAAGUCUAAAAGCUACAACCAACCGCUCGCUUGCACCUCCAGUAGCGCGAUGUCCGAAAGCGGCGACUCGGAUGUAACAGACGACUUCGAGCUCUUUCCGUCGCGUGCGGCGCUCCACCCGGACGCCUAUGCCCAUCCAAUUGCCAGCUAUCCUCAGGAGAUCCUCGGUCGCAUUUUCCUCUUCUGGAGAGACGGGGUAUGGGCUCGCCAUCUCCUGAGUGGCCUAAAGGGUGGCCACCAUCACUUUGGAAUGCAUGCGCCUUUCGUGCUUUCUUCUGUGUGCCGCACCUUUCGUGAAGCUGCCCACUCCACUCCCGACCUCUGGAGCUUCCUUUAUAUCGACUGCUCCGCGUCCAAGAAUGAUUACAACUCGAAGCACCUCCUUUCUCGCCUCAAGCGCACCGUCGAACUUGCAGGGGAUACUACGCGUCUCACGUUGUGCUUCCAAGCUCUCAACGUCGAUGCGUUCGACACCGGGUGGUUUAGAGGGAUGCAGGCCCUUCUCGAGCCGCUUCGCACUCGUUGGGGGAGCAUCAUUGUAUCAUUCGGUCGCAACAACGAUCUAUCGAGCUGUUGGAAUAUAUGGCCACUAGCUGCGUGCAACGUCUCGGUUCUCCGACUGCUGGGAUCUGUCGAGGAGCAAGCGUCCAUUGUCCCUCGUACACCUUUCCUCUCAAUCUGCACCUCUUUGGUGCACCUAGAGCUGCGAAACGUUGCCUACGUCCAUCAGAACGGCGUUCGUCCUCGGGCAGACUUCAAUCAUGCAUCUCUUUCGCUCGUUCCCGAACGUCAUCAAGCUUCGUCUACUCGCGUUCGAGAACUCUGGCCUCACAGUCACGCACAGCCUUGGCCCAACAUGAGCCAACUGGGGAGACUCGAAUCCCUGACGGUCAGCCCCGUUCUCCUUCGUACGUCUUUGCAAGGACUACAGCAACGGCCGCACCUCCCAGCACUCAUGAGGGUCUCCAUCCACUUCACCAGUAGUAUGCGGGAUGAUGCACCCGAAGGUGCGGUCAUCGAGCCAGAUGAUCUAUCAGGUGAAUGCUCGGAUGUGGAUGGGGACGAUGAUGAAUGCUCAGAGAAUGCACGCCGAGUCGAAGACCUUUGUGCGGUGGGGACAUUUCUGAGCAAGAGUCUGGUUGAGACCUUGACACUGCGGGGACUCGACCGAGACUUUGACGAGAAUCUAAUCAGCGAGAAGAUUAUCCAGCCGAUGAACACGACAAGGCUCAAGCAUCUCUGUCUCAAGGAGUGCAGCGAGCACACGACCCAAGUCAUUAGUGUCGUCCUACGUCCCUCGCGCAUCUUUGUCAACAGCGGCCGCCAUAGCCCUCCUGAGCGCGCAGGAUAUCUCACUCACCUUCACUCUCUCAAGUUGAUCAAAUGCAGGCAGGUUGAUGGACCGGACGUCGUCAAGCUCGUGCGGAAUGCGCCCCAUUGGCUCAAGGUGGUGGAAAUGCGGGACACGGACAUUGACGAUGAGAGCUACGAGGAGAUCCAAGCGAUUUUGAGCGAGAGAAUGUAA